CUCACCACAGCACCUUAACACUUUGUGGGAUUAUCCCAGUCACACAGCCCUCGCUGCUCCAGGAACUAAUCAAGGUUCCCCCCCUCUUCAGCCUCUUCUCAUAGCUGUGCUUCUUCCGCUUUCUCUCUGUAGUUCUAGUAUCCAGGCUAGCAGCACACCACGACUUCAUCUCAGGCUCUUGUUCCGUGCUCCCCUGUGUUUCAUGCAUCCAGUGCAACAGAGUGUAACUAAAGAAUCAAAGUCACAAUUUGAUCAGCAAGUCAAAAUGAGCCUUCAAAUCAUGAAACAGUCUGAAUUGGCUGUGUGGGAAGACGUCUGUUCGAUUUGAUCCUUUUCUGCCAGGGUGGGGAUGUGCACUGACUCAGGUUUAAGCAAGGCAGAUUUCCGUGUGGUUGUAGGUCACUUUCAGAAUCAAAAGGAUGCCUGGAAAUAGUUUACAGACUUGAUUAUUGAUGAAGGCGGCUUGUGAUAUUCCUGCACUGGGUGUUACCUGCAGAUAAGAGGGGCCAAUGGUGCAGUUAUUAAUCAUUUUUUUCUUGCCAUGGGUCUGAGGCAAAAUGCUUACUCCUUGAUGUCCUGCAGAUGGUUUCUGGGUCACAAGAUUUGCUGGCAGAUCAGACUCCCUGGGGGGUUAUGUACUCACGGCAAUAACAGUGUCCCACCUGCCGGUCUCCACUGCCGCUAUUCCACUGCAAAGCUAUCCUAUUAGUUCUAUCAGCCGCUGUCUCUUAAGAACAACAGGUUGAGGUGGGCUUCACUUUCUGUUCUUUCCCCUACAUGUCUUUAGUGAGAAGGACCCUGAAGACCCAGUCUGGGCAUCCUGGCUCCACUCAUUCUUUCAAGGACCAAUCUUCAAGCUCCUUCUCUAAGCAGUGUCUGCUUUCAGCCCAGAGGCAGUGGGGAAGCUGCCCCAGUCAGCUUCCUUCCCAGGAGGAGCGACCCCAACCCUGCCACCCAGGAAGUGCUGAGGUUGGGAUGCUGAGUGUGCUUACUGGUCCCGCUGGAGUGGGCAGAGCUGUGUCCCUCCAGAGGGUCCUUCCGCUGAAGCUUACACAAAGAUGUAUUCCUUCUGGAGUUCCCGAAGAUGGUUCCUGGGUCACAGAGUUUGUUGAUGGGUCAGACUAUCUGGGGAACUGCCUGAGUGUGUGUGUAGCAGGGGCUGGGGGCGGAGCUGGUAUAGUGGGGAACGGUUCUACCACCACAACUUCCCUAUUACCCUGUUUCCCCUUGCUCAGCACUACACUUUCUGGAUGGAUCUACUGGACGUAGCUUUGGAAGUAAAGGAGAAGGCUGUAAAGAAAAAGAACUCCCAUGCUGAUUUCCAGGCCAACUUUACCAACUGUCUCCCUUUCAGAACUUUUAGCAUGUUUUAAAAAAAAAAAAAAGUGCUAUUUUGAAUCAAAGAAGUACUUGCUUCCCCUUUAUUUUGGGAACUGCAGCUUGUGAGUUUCAGAAAGGGGUGUGGCUGCCCUUUAGCAGCCUCAGAGCACAACGAAUGAAAUGCUAAGUGGAUGAUGUGGUGUCUGGGCAGAGUGAAGACAAGGGAGGUUUCCUCCAGCCAUUCCUCCGGAGAGGUAUUGCCUAAUACUCUCCACCAAACUUCCAAAUGCUGAGGCUAGGCAGUGGUCCCCAAAUCCAAUGGCACUUCCAAAUUACACAGAUCAUGUUGGGAGCAUGGUGCCCCCACUGAAUCCCAGAAUUUCCUGGAGUGAAUCCAAGGAAUGCAUUCUGUGGGAACCACUGUCCUUGUAGGUUCUACAGAGGGGAAUGGAGAGCAUAGUAGAUUUAGUUUUGUUUUCCAUAUUCAGAUUGGACUCUGAGGCUACAAGGUAAGGCAAAAGCCACACCUAAUUCAAACUUUCCAAAUCAUCUUCUUAGACCCCAGAGUGCUUUGUGUCAUGCUUUGCUCAGUCUGCUAUUAUUGGUUUAGUGAUGGAAUGAAAGCGCUCAACGAUUAGAAGCAUAUUAGCAUGCACUGGUGGGGCUGCCCCCAUGAACACAAGCCCCCUCUCACCAUGGUGACUAUACCUUCCCAUUCUGGCCCACCGUCAGGGCUAAGGAAUGUCCCAUUUGCCUCCAGUUCUGCCACUUCUCCUGGUGUCUUACUGAGCAGCCUAGAGGAUUUGAUCACAUGGUUAUUCCUUUCCAUCAGGAAGCUUUCCCUGAACACUUACUGUUCCUCUUGCCUGAGUUAUAUGGCCUUUCUGAGGCCCUGUGCAACCUCUGCCCAUGAUUCGCCACAUUGUACUGUGAUUUGAAUUCACACAUACUCACCAGCACUACAAACUGGUUAGAGAAGGAUUUCUGUCUAGCUGAUGCUGAGCAGUUUCUCAAUAAACAUUUGUUAAAUGAACAAAGGGAUGAAAGAAGGCAUGAAUGAGUAGCCAAGCAAACCUGAUUCUGAGCAGUCUCUAUAUUGGCAUUUAUCAAUCCAUAUACGAUGAAGAACAAAGUAUAUUCUUUCACUCUUUUUUGAUGGAGAGAGUGUGUGGUCUGAGGCCUGUUCUGGAAUGGUAAAACAAUGUCAUUGCUUUUAUAUCCAACAGGAAAUAUGGGAUGUAUAAAAUCAAAAAGGAAAGACAAUCUGAAUGACGAUGGAGUAGAUUUGAAGACUCAACCAGUACGUAAUACUGACCGAACUAUUUAUGUGAGAGAUCCAACGUCCAAUAAACAGCCAAGGCCAGUAAGUAGAUUAGUUCCAGAGUCUCAGCUUUUACCAGGACAGAGGUUUCAAACUAAAGAUCCAGAGGAGCAAGGGGACAUUGUGGUAGCCUUAUAUCCCUACGAUGGCAUCCACCCGGAUGAUUUGUCUUUCAAGAAAGGAGAGAAGAUGAAAGUGGUGGAGGAGCAUGGAGAAUGGUGGAAAGCUAAGUCACUUUCCACAAAGAGGGAAGGCUUCAUCCCCAGCAACUAUGUAGCCAAAGUCAACACCUUGGAGACAGAAGAGUGGUUUUUCAAGGAUAUAACCAGGAAAGAUGCCGAGCGACAACUCCUGGCACCAGGGAAUAGCGCCGGAGCCUUCCUUAUCAGAGAAAGUGAAACACUGAAAGGAAGCUUCUCCUUGUCUGUCAGGGACUACGACCCUGUGAAUGGCGAUGUGAUCAAGCACUACAAGAUUAGAAGUCUGGACAAUGGGGGCUAUUACAUCUCCCCACGAAUCACCUUCCCCUGCAUUAGUGACAUGAUCAAACAUUACCAGAAGCAGUCCGAUGGCUUAUGCAGAAGGUUGGAGAAGGCGUGCAUUAGUCCCAAACCACAAAAGCCUUGGGAUAAAGAUGCCUGGGAGAUCCCGCGAGAGUCCAUCAAGCUGGUGAAAAGGCUUGGCGCUGGACAGUUCGGGGAGGUCUGGAUGGGUUACUACAAUAAUAGCACCAAGGUGGCUGUGAAGACCCUGAAGCCAGGCACCAUGUCUGUGCAAGCAUUCCUUGAGGAAGCCAACCUCAUGAAGACCCUGCAACAUGACAAGCUCGUGAGACUCUACGCCGUGGUCACAAAGGAGGAGCCCAUCUACAUCAUCACUGAGUACAUGGCCAAGGGCAGUUUGUUGGAUUUUCUCAAGAGCGAUGAGGGCGGCAAGGUGCUACUUCCGAAGCUCAUUGACUUCUCUGCACAGAUUGCAGAAGGAAUGGCUUAUAUCGAACGGAAGAACUACAUUCACAGGGAUCUGCGAGCAGCUAAUGUCCUGGUCUCCGAGUCACUCAUGUGCAAGAUUGCAGAUUUUGGCCUUGCCAGAGUAAUUGAAGAUAACGAGUACACAGCAAGGGAAGGUGCUAAGUUCCCUAUUAAAUGGACGGCUCCAGAAGCAAUCAACUACGGAUGUUUCACAAUUAAGUCUGAUGUCUGGUCCUUCGGAAUUCUCCUGUAUGAAAUCGUCACCUACGGGAAAAUCCCCUACCCAGGAAGAACUAAUGCUGACGUGAUGAGUGCCUUGUCUCAGGGCUACCGGAUGCCCCGCAUGGAGAACUGCCCAGAUGAACUCUAUGACAUCAUGAAAAUGUGCUGGAAAGAAAAGGCGGAGGAGAGACCCACAUUUGACUACUUACAGAGCGUGCUGGAUGACUUCUACACUGCCACAGAAGGGCAGUACCAGCAGCAGCCGUAGAGAUGUAUCAUCCCGUGGGGGCCACUGCCCAUACUCCGAGAAGGGGCCAUCCCGGGCUGCACCAGCCACCUCCUACAUGGGACCCAGCUCCCGGAAGCCAAGGUUUCAUCUCUCAGGAAGAGCCUCAGAGACAGAUGCCCACUAGGGUAUCAGAUAACUCUCACCUGGUCAUCUUGCUCUGCGUGAUUGGCAUCCGGAUAUUGCCUCAUAAGAGACAACACCUGGUCUCUCCCCCAAAUGCUUCCAGGCUGGCCCUAACUGUACAACUGGAUGUGUGACUCAAAAGGCUCAGAGACCAUGGUCACAAACCCUCAUUAAGACAAGACUACACUUACUUACAAGGCAAAGAUAACCAGAUGUGUAACAUGAACUUUCUUUGCAUUUUCUUCUAUAUUUUACCUUCCUCAUUUAAAAAAAAAAUUACUAAUCUAACCAGUUAGAUUUUGCAAGUGAAGUCAGUUGUUGAAAUGUCUUUCUCAAAUCACUUUUUUCCUUAUCAUUUCAUAUCUGACGAGAACAUUUCUCUUUGUGGACACUGCUCAUGUGUGCUGCGCACGCAGCUGCUUCCCUACGUCUGUGAUGCAGAGGCCCCUGCAGCACAGAGCCCCGCCAAACCUCCCAAGAAAGGAAGAAGAGCCACAGAACCUGCUCAGCCUGAACAAGGAGCAUCUGUGAUGGUCCAGCCUUUUCAGUCUCAGCGUUUCCUAUGACAGCAUAACAUGGAACAACAGUUACGAUUCGAAGCACUGCAGAGCCUGCUCAGGCCUUCUAAGGCAUAAGCAUUUUUGCUUUGUUGCUUUCACGUGAUUUGAACAUUAUUUUAAGGAUCAGGUGUUAAUUUUAGUUAUACUCUAGGAGGUAAGAAUGCCACCUUUGAGGCUAUUUUGUGAUUCAGCGCUCUUUUCUAGCUUGUGCGAGAUGUGUAUGAGACUAUUUAUAACCAAGGAUGUGAAGGAAAGGAAGUGGCUGUGGAGGCUCCCGUGAGCCACGAAGGUGAUUAGUUCAACAAAUUUUGUUUACUCAAUUUUUCUACUGUAAGCUUUGAAUGGAAAUUGCUGUAUCACUCAUAUUUUACUUAACCUGUUGUAUAUAUACCUAAUAUUUCUAUUUUUUUGAUUUUUAAUACACCUAGCCUAAUAACA